AUGGAUCUUUCAACACUUCCAAUUUUGAGACAGGCUUCAGAUUCUCCAGACAAGAAUGGAUCCUCCGACCCGGAAACAAUGAACCGGAUUGUAGUUCUUGAACCGGACAAGAUCAAAGAGCUAAAGAAAUGGGCUCCAGGGAUGUGGCGGUUUCCUACAAAUCCGGACCUUUGCUGCAUCUACAGAGUCCCAAACUGUCUACGUCAAGUCCAUCCAGAAGCAUACACUCCCGAGCUAGUCAUCAUCGGCCCUCUUCACCACUGUAUAAAAUCUCAAGCUCUCAAGGCUCUUGGAGAUAGCACAUGCACAAAGUCAAUGGGCUACGUAAACGUGGAGGAGCACAAGAAAAUCUACCUCUCGGCGUUCGCAAAAAGAUUCGAAGGCAAAAACGUCAUCGAUGGUUUCAAGAAAACAAUCCAAGAAGAUGAAGCAAUCAUCAGAGCAUGCUACUCUGAAUCAACGGCCUGGAUUGGAUCUCAAGAGUUUGUGGAGAUGAUCUUGCACGACUCAGUUUUCAUCAUAGAGCUCAUGUUGAGGUUUUCUUUGAUAGGACCAGAGAAGAUCGGUGACCCUCUCAUGGACGAGCCUUGUCUUGAAUACACAAUCAAGAGAGAUCUCAUGCUGCUCGAGAACCAGCUUCCUUACUUCAUCCUCGAGAAACUCUUCGAUCCAAUCAUUCCAAUACUCCGACCAAACGAGACGCUACGUAAACUCGUGAUAAGCCACUUUGAGUUGGAGACGAGGAAGAAGAAAGUCAAAGACGACUCAAAGUUCAGACAUUUCACUGAUCUCUUCAGGUGUGUCCGCGUGGAGACACUUCCUGAGCAUGGCUUAGGGUCAGACGAUUUCAUGGACCACAUGCAUAACGCGGAUAAGCUAUACGGUAAUGGGAUCAAUUUCAAGGUCGUGGAAGAAGAAGAGUUGUCCGUGGAGGUGACGUUCAAGAAUGGUUGUUUGGAGAUACCAUGUUUCAAGGCUGAUGAUGAAGUGGAGGUAACACUUAGGAACAUAAUGGCUCUUGAACAAUGUCAUUACCCUUUCAAUGCUUACGUCUGUAGUUAUGUCAUGUUCUUGGAUUUCCUUGUCGACACUGAUAAAGACGUAGACUUGCUCGUUGAGAAAGGGAUAAUAAAGAAUUGGAUAGGGCACCAAGGUUUGGUGGCUAAGAUGGUGAACAAGCUUUGUUUGGGAGUCGUGGACCAUGGCUCAUACUAUUCUGAGUUGGUGGAUGAAGUCAACGAUCGCUACAAGAACCAAUUUUAUAGAACAUUUGGGAUCCUCAGGCGGGUCUAUUUCAACAACCUGUGGAAAGGGACUGCGACCGUAGCUGCUAUCUGUAUAUUGAUCAUGACUCUUAUCCAGACGGUCGCUUCGCUCAUUGAUAUUACGCAGAAGAAAGACUGA